AUGGCCUUCGUCCGGAUGGGACCAUCUAUGCGACGGAGAGCCACGCGUAUGCAUCACCGACAUGAUGCCAUGGCCAGCUUCGUAUUCCUCCUCUUCGCCGCACUUAUCGCAAUUGCCAGUCCUACCAUCGCGACUGAGAUACACCAUGCGCUCCCCGCGCCGGAGAACAGGCAUGGCAAACUUGUCGCCAAAGAUGACACCCCCGUGAACUUUCCCUAUCUUCUCAGCUCAUUCUCCGGUCUGCUUAUAGACGAUGAUGUCGAUAAAAUGGGAGAAGCGCGAGGAUUGGACCUUGUUCGUCGAGUUCCUGAUGGAGCGACAGUUCUCCGGAACAACCACGUUCAGACAAGGGAGAUAUUGAUGGGUGAGAUCCAGCAUGCGCACUUUACUGUGGACUCGAAUGGGGACAACAACGUCAACGAUACUUCCAAUAACCUCAACAACAACACCUCGAAACGCGCAAUCACUCCCGUUUACCUUUCCCUCACCAUUUGCUCAAAACCAAUCGUCAAUGAGUCUAUCGCUGAUACUGCACUGCCCCUACCUCAGCUCGCCGUCUAUGUCUCAACAUCUGAGUCUCUCCAAGACCCAGGCCCCCAUCAUGGGAACGAUACUGAUCAAGUUAUUCAUCGCUCCGAAGAGGGAUAUAUGAGUACGAAUGUGUCUUCUGAGAGUAAUGUUUACAUCGGUGUUGUCGCUCCAGAAGCCGGCAACUUUUCUGGAUCAUACUCCUACCAGAUAGCAGCGUCGACGGAUGGUUUGUUCCACAGCAUCGACGAGAAGACCGCUUUACUCCACCUUUCGGAUUCGGGCUCCGACACGGCUCUUUUAACCACUGUCAGUCCUGUUCACCAAAUGCUCACACAAGAUCAGUUGAAAGAUUGGCGAAACAGGACGGCUGUCUAUACAAUGUUUGUCAACAACGCCAACAAUACUGCCGUAGCCGGCAUAUCACGGUCGUAUUGUGCCCUUGAGCAACACUCUCAAGUCGCAGAGGGCGACAAUCUACAGACAAGUAUGACAACGCGUGUCAAUGUGGACAACGGGCUCCAGGAGCAAUUCUACGUUACCGGUUUAAACCGGAGCUCGAGCUACAUAGCCGUCCUAGCAAUGCCAGGCAAUUCCAGCAAUUCAGGAAAUAGUGUCGGCGGCGGAGGUAAGCUGUGGCAGCCGAAACCAUUUUCUACUAAAACAAAUGAUAACUGUGCCGUUGUAUACGACUUAGACUUCUGCUCUGACGUCGCAUAUGCAGUUCCCUCACAUCCGUCAAUGAAUCUAUCUGAAAUCCGCUCCAAGUACGACAAAUACGCAGAAGAACUAUACACAAACUUUAAUUACUCUCUCCAACAAAUCCAAUGCAACACCUCGAAUGAGACCAUCUUCUCCAUGGCUGUCAACUGCACCGUUUGCGCAUCUGCUUACAAGAAUUGGCUUUGCGCCGUCACGAUUCCGCAAUGCGAUGACUUCUCCAGCACUAACAACCAAUCCAACGUUAUGAUGCGCAACACCGGUCAAGCCUUCCCCAAUGGCACCCACAUCAGCAACCUCACCCUUCGCGAUGAUCCAAUCAGAAACCGCUCCCGAAACCCCAACCUCAUCGAUAAACAGAUCCAACCUGGCCCCUACAAUGAAAUUCUACCGCACCUGAAUAAAUGCCAUGACCUGGUCCGAAGUUGCCCCAUGGCUUUGGGAUUCCAGUGCCCGAAGGGCGAAUUGCUGCAGUAUUCGUAUCAAAUCAACGCAGGCUUGGGGCUUGAUAUUCCCUCUUCCCUUGGGAUUCUCACGAUAGGCUCUGCUGUUGCCUCCGGGAUGCUUUGGCUUUUCUAG